CUGGUAAUGAGGUGGAUUCCUCUGGAAUCAAAUCCUGAUGUUAUGAACAAUGUAGUGCUCCGUGUCAAAGAACCCAUGCGUUUUGUUGAUGUAUUCGGUACGGAUCUGGAGAUGCAGGCUCUCGUUCCUGGGCCGAUUUUGUCACUGUUGUUACUUUAUCCGCUCACCGAAAACGCGAAAAAGCAUCCGAUUGGAACUCUCUCAGUGAAUGAGAAGUGCUUUUUUAUGAAACAGACCAUACCCAACGCAUGUGGAACGGUUGCCAUUCUUCAUGCACUUGCCAACAACGUAGAUGCAUUGGAUUUAAGAUCCCUCCCAUGGCUUCGAAAGUUUCUUGAGAAGGCACACAAUAGCACUCCUAAGGAGCGUGCGGAAAUCUUGGAAAACGAAGAGGAACUAAGUGAGGUUCAUGAAAAUUGUGCGCACCAAGGUCAAACAGAUGCUCCUGAUCCGGACUCCCAAAUCAAUUUACAUUUUGUCGCUUUUGUGAAUUCCGAUGGCCAUCUCAUUGAGCUUGAUGGGCGUCGCGAAGGCCCAAUACUACACGGAAAUACCUCUCCAGAUACAUUCUUAGCCGACGCUUGCAAAGUUGUAGAGCAAUUCAUGCAUCGGGAUCCGGAUAAUGUUAAUUUUAGUCUCAUGGCUUUAACUAACGUUGGAGGUUAA